UCCCCCCGUCGUUCUCUUUGGCAAUCAGCUCGCCCCGUCACCCGUUACUUCGGGGCGAGUAUCGUGCGCGCGCGAAGACGACUCGCUCGUGGGAUCGACUCGGCUUGGCAUGAUCGCGAGCGACGCCGGAACGCGUUAGUGCGCCUCGAACGCUUUCUACUGGAGUGUUGUCGUCGCUGCCGCGUGCAUUUGCCGUGCGCGUGCAGAUCUUGUCUAUCCGCAGUCCCUCUUCCACUGCGGUGUCACACGGAAGCUCGGCCGUCGCCAUCUUGGUGGUACCAGAAACCUGAACGCGUGCGUGCGCGCGGGCGCGAAUGAACGAGCGCGAGCGAGCGAAAUUAAAAACGCGCGAGCCGGAAAUAAGGAACGUAAACUGUUCCUGUCGAUCAUCUUCGGAUCCUUACUGUUCCGCGCGCGCGUCACGCAGGUCAGAACCGCCGCGACGGCCGCGACUGCGCGAUUGCGCCUUGCGCGGCUCGCACAAUUAUUGUGCCGCGACUCGAAUUCAUCGGCCGGCAGCCUUGCCGACGGAGUUUGCCUUGGGAUUCUGAUCGUGUGUGUGUGCGCGUGUCUUCCCUCGCGGUGGAGAGUCGCGUCUCGACGAAGGGCGCAUCGAAAGCAACUCCACGGGGGAGAUUUAUUCGUGAAGGACGUGCGACAUGGUGCGACUGAUCCGUUGACAGUUUAACGAAAUCCUUUCGCGGCGAAACUUUUUCUUCGAGUGUCGCUUUCAAUUCUUUGAACGGCAUUGCUUACAACAUCCGCAAAUUCUCCAGAUUAUCUCUCUUCUCACGUUCUCAGAGACCUGAUUUCUGAUUGUGAAUUCCCCGAGUCCAACAUCUCUCAUAAUUGUCUCAAAUUUUUUCGGGAAUUUUUAAGUUUUUAUCGAAAAUCUCAAGAUUUCACUAAGAGAUCUCAAAUUGCCGAACCUUUUACAGAUAUUUUUGAAUUUUACUAGAAACUUUCCCAGUUUCUGAAAUCUUACGCGAUUCAACCAGUAAAUUUUCAAAAACUUGGGCUUGUAAAAUUGUUAAAUUUCUUUUUAUUUCAUUAAAUUCUCAAAAUAUUACAGUCACGCUGUCCAGGCGGAAAGAGAGAAAGAGAGAAAGAGAGAGACGCAUAUCAUCCCUUCCCUGUUCGCUUAAAAUCUCCAAUACAAAUCCUUAAACAUUUGUACACAUAAUUAACGCCGUGAAUUACCGGAAAUCCGGAUAUAAAAUUUCGCUUCAUUCAAUCGUACUCGUUGAAUUCGAGUGUCUGAAAGCCACGGGCGGCCGGAAGAAUGAUUGAUUGACCGGAUUAAUUGCGACCGGAGGUUUUCCAAGAAAUCUUGAUAAUAAUAUUCCAACACCUGUGGCUGGCCGUCGGCAUUGUUUCCAGUCACAUCUCCCAGUGGACCAUGUUGGAGUUCUCCGUACAGCAUGCCGAAGUCGCACUUUCUGCAGCCACCGAGGAUGUGGGGGAUGGGCCUCAAGGGCAUGAGAACGACACUGAUCCGUAUUCGUUGUCGCAUCUCGAUCCACCUACCGGUAGUAUCUACAUGAUAGGUGGAGUGCUGAUCGCUAUGGUUCUGGUGGGCGUCUUGAUCGUCCUGCUCGCCGUAACGAUCAGCAAGCUGCGGAAGCGCGAGGACCAUCAUUCGAGCGCGGGUGCGGUGCACCCCGAGGCGACGGUGGUGCAGACAGCGACGUCGCUCGCGACGAUCGGGACGGCACCGGCGCAUCCGGACGGUUGCUGCACGCAGAUGUCUACGACCACCAUGUCAACCGACCUCGGCAACAGCGUUUGCGACGAGCAUGUAUUCGCGACGACGGUGACGCCGUCCACCAAUCCAGUCGAUCCGUUCGCGUGGCAAUUCCCGCCCCCGUACCCGCCCCCCCAUAUGCCGCCGGCGCAGUACGCGUUGUACAACGAUCAGGAUACCCUUGUACAUGCAUUGCCGUCGGACCGGCCUGGGUUUGCAAAGGGCUUCCGCAAGAAUCUCGGUGGACGCUGGCGUCGACUGGUGAAGCGGAAAGCAGAGACGGAUACCUGUGCCAUUCCUCCCGAGCUGAAGGAUCAGUUAAAAACUAUCUAUGUCUAUUGAUGGCCAAAAAGUCUGUCCCGAAAGCCUGAAAACCCCGAAGAGAAAACUGAAAAUUAUCGAUGAAGGAUCGAUAAAAACAUGAAGAGUAUUGUUAAAAGCAGGAAGAGGCUCUAGUCAAGAAGUUGAGGUGAAUGAAAUUGAAAUGAAAAGAGGGAUUAGGAAAGACGUGAAGGAAGGAUAACAAAGGUGAAUGGUGGAAACACAAAAAAGCUGGUAGUGACAUGAAAAUCGAAA